AUGAUUUUUGCAUUUUUUCUUUCUUUAACCUCAACAACAGAAGCAAUUUGUUUAAGAAGGGUUCAAAUGAAGGAAGGCCAAACAAGUUUUUGUGCCGGUUUAUUAAAUCGAACAGCCACAAAACAAUUACAAUGUGAACGUGUACUUGGACGUUUCCAAUCUUAUUUACUUGAAAAAAGUUCAACUGGGGGUGCUCAACUCUUCUCCUCCCAUCCAUCUACACAAUCUUCUUCUAUACAAUCUUUACAAUUACAACAAACAUUAAUUGCUGUUAAAUUAAUUAUAGCAACAUUAAUAGCUAUUUGUGCAGUUUCACAAUUUUGUGCUGGAAUUGUUUUAUUUGGCUAUUCUGCUAGAGCUAAUAAUUUUCGAUUAACUACAGCACAUAUGAAUUUAUUUUUUGGUUAA